AUGUCAUUCCGCAAAAGAAAUAUCGGCUUAUCAACUGGCGUCGAUCGCGCUGCUGUUCCCAAUGCCUCCGCACAGCCAUCCCCGCCUGAAUCUAUUCCAGGCAUUCGCCCCUCACCUGAUGAUGGACGGCCAACUACUUCUACGGGAACACCUUCGCUAGAUGGGCUUCUUGCGGGACAUGCAGGUCUUCCUAUGGGGAAGGCUUUGCUUAUUGAGGAAAAUGGAACUACAGAUUUCGCGGGCGCAUUGCUACGAUAUUACGCGGCUGAAGGCGUUGUCCAAGAACAAAAGAUCCUUGUGGUUGGCGUCCCAGAGCAAUGGGGCCGAAGCUUGCCUGGCUUGAUUGGGACAGCGGAGUCUUUGGAAAAGCGGUCAGAUAAGCGCAAAGACGAGCGCAUGAAGAUUGCUUGGCGAUACGAGCGACUGGGCGAAUUUGGAGCUGGCAUUGCCGGCUCCCGUGAUGCCCCUGCAUCAACCAGUGAAAGCGAUACAGGUUCGAAGCAAGCAGCUUUCUGUCAUGCCUUCGAUCUCACAAAACGUCUCGCCCACCCUUCCAUUACCAACAUGAGCUUUAUUCCACUGGUGCCCUCGAGGGGUUCGCCAUUCAUUUCCAUUCUUAAACGACUCCAAGACGCCGUUGCAUCUGCUGGUCCAAAUACCAUCCAUCGCAUUGUCAUUCCUUCCUUGCUCAACCCCACAAUGUACCCACCCGACGCUUGCCAGCCUGAGUAUGUGCUGCAGUUCAUGCAUGGUCUAAGGGCUUUGAUGAGUGCGCAUGCAACUCGCAUCACUGCCAUGAUCACUCUUCCAUUGUCCCUGUUCCCCCGCUCUUCCGGCCUUAUCCGGUGGAUCGAACUUCUCAGCGAUGGUGUUAUUGAGCUUUGUCCAUUCCCCCAUUCUGCCGAUGCACUGGCGACCUCCGGAGCUGCGACGUCCCAGGAGGAGCCACCACAAGGAAUGCUGAAGACACACCGAAUCCCUGUUUUGCAUGAACGUGGCGGCGGGAGUGACCAGAAUGUGGGACAAGAUUGGGCGUUUAACUUGAGUCGUCGGCGAUUUGAGAUUAAGCCGUUUAGCUUGCCGCCAGCGGAAGGUGACAAGGAAGCACAAGAUGCACCUGCAUCCAGCGGAAUGCCCAAGAAGGCAGAUCUAGAAUUUUGA